GGAGCACAAGGGGGAGGUGGAGAUGAUGAGAACCUCGGCUACGAAGGAGAUCGGGAGAUUGCUUGAGCAACAGGAUCAGCUAGACAGCAGAAGAACUGCAAUCCAGAAAUGCCUGAAGGUUGCCAAGAAGUCAGCAGCAGCAUCGGCUCAGAGUGACUCUAAGUUUGGGUUGCACAGUGAAGGGCAGGUAGCCCCUUCCUCUGCAUCGGGAGAAAGCAACUGGCUCCGUCCAUUUCAAUGGGAUGAAGAAGUUGAAAAGCUCAGAAAGAAUCUGUUUGGCCUGCCAUCUUUCCGGACGCAUCAGCGAGAAAUCAUCAAUUCAGUACUCAGCGGUAGAGAUGUCUUCGUGAUCAUGCCGUCUGGAGGAGGCAAAAGCUUGUGCUAUCAAUUACCAGCAGUGUUGCGACCAGGCGUGUCUCUUGUCAUCAGCCCUCUGCUUUCACUCAUUCAGGACCAGGUUAUGGGACUUAAGGCUAUGGGAAUUUCUGCCAGCAUGUUAACUCAGUGGGGUCACGAUUUCCGGCCAGAUUAUCGUCAUUUGGGCAUUCUGAAGACGCAGUUCCCACGCGUCCCAUUAGUGGUUUUAACGGCAACUGCCACAGAGAGGGUGCAAGCUGACGUCAGAGAGAUGCUCAACAUGCCACGGUGCGAGAAGUUUAUAUCUUCUGUGAAUCGACCUAACCUGUUCUAUGAGGUCCGGGAGAAGAAAUCGAAUGCAAAUGCAAUGAUGGAUGACAUUGCAAAUCUUAUCCAAGAAAUCGGUCCUGGGAAGGAGUCUGGGAUAAUCUACUGCUUCUCACGAAGGGAGUGUGAGCAGAUUGCAGUUGAGUUGGUCCAGAGAGGUAUAACAGCUGCAUACUAUCAUGCGGAUAUGGAACCUGAGGAGCGAAUGAGAGCUCAUACGCGAUGGAUCAGUAACAAGGUGCAAGUUAUUGUUGGCACAGUCGCUUUUGGGAUGGGCAUUAACAAACCAGAUGUGAGAUUUGUUAUUCAUCACACAAUCAGCAAAUCUGUAGAAUCAUACUACCAGGAAAGCGGUCGAGCUGGUCGAGACGGUCUUCCUUCUCGAUGUGUACUAUUUUAUCGCUGCGCUGAUCUCCCUCGACAGAGCUCUAUGGUGUUUGCUGAAGCAGCAGGUCUUCACAACCUGUAUUCCAUGAUCCGGUUUUGUCAGUCCAGGCGUGCAUGCCAACGAGCUGCCAUCUUUGAACAUUUUGGGGAGAACAAACAAGACUGUCAUGGGAUGUGUGACAACUGUGCGGAUCCCAGGCCAGUCGUUGACAAAGAUGUCACAGAGCAUGCAAGGGCACUCUUGAGAGUGGUCGAGGAGAUUAACCGGAAGGAUCAGAAGGUGACAAUGCUCCAACUGGUUGAUCAAUGGAAACGUCAGCCAGGGGAUUCGGGGCGUUUAGCACCAGAAUUGACCAAGGAGGACACUGAAAGGGUUGUGACCCAGCUUUUGCUUUCAGGUUAUCUGAAAGAAGAAUUUGGUCACACAGCAUAUGCGACGAACGCGUAUCUUGCCUUGGGACCACUGAGCAAAGCGAUACUCGAUGGUCAUCGGUUUGUUAGUUUGGAGGUGUUCGUCGGUGGGGCUGCAUCAAGAUGGCAGGACAAUGCCGCGAAAGAUAGGCUGAAUCUUAUGGGAUCAGGGAUGACUGCAGAACAAACAGUGGUUGUGAGCAAACUGGAUGACCUACGACAAAGGCUAGCUGCUGAGCAUGGCGGUAUCUUCCCACAUGCUGUCUUAUCAUCGCAGCAUAUGAACACGAUUGCAACCUCGAAGCCUUCUUCACUAUCUGAGCUUGAAGAGAUAAUUGGAAAGACAAGAGCUGAGCAAUAUGGUUCCCGGAUUAUGGCUGCGCUGUCAACAUCUUUUUCCAAGCCCAAAGAAGGCCCAGUGACACAGAGCGUGUCUGCGCAUGUGGAUUUGACAAGAAGAGGGGAGGAUGCCAAUGACCAAAGUGUGUGCAGUUCCUUGUACGUACCGCCAAAGCAUUCAACAAAGAAGAGUACCAACAACUCACCAUCUUUGCAAUCCAGAUCUGCAGGUAGUCAGAAACUCAAGGGGAUGAAGGAAGGGGCGAACAAAGGUAUCAGUCAAAGUCGUACGGCUUUGCCACAUGGGCCUGCUGGUGUAAACAGUCUCAGUAAUGCUCAGCAGAAUGUGAGGAAAAGUGCAGACAAGAAAAGAAGACAGGUUGAUGACGUGAACAUGGAUGUGGAUAAGGUUGGGGACACUAAUUCUGUUGCAAGGGGUGAAAUUUCUGUCAGCGUCGGUGUUAGGCCCAGUGCGAGGGUCGGGAAAGCCGUAAUGAAGAACAAACAAUCGGAGGUGGGUAAGGGUCUGAAAGGGGUACGACCAGAACAAGAGACGCGUGAGGACGGAAAUGGCUUUCUGAACCAAUCAGGGAAGACAGGAGGUUCAGUUGUUGGAGAGGGGCUCAGAGAUCAGAUGGAGAAACGUGCAGCGGGUGGGACUACUGUAGCUGAUCCUGAUGGCCAUGAUCCCGACCCAGGUGGUGAUGAUGCUCUGCUCUCUAAACGAAGGCGGACAGCAGGAGAGGGUUGAUUUUUGUUGCUGCAGGAAUUUGUUUUUUCUCAAGCGAACACCCAUUCUCCGGGAUGAAGCGUGAUGACUUUGGAAUAGGAGGUGCUACAGAGAGGCCCAGUGAAUCUUUUGAGAAGUGGUUGCUAUGAUGUGCACCUUGGUAUGCUGGCCUUUGCUGCUCUCGUCAAAAACCAAGUGCAGGUUACUGGCAGAAGAAGUUUGUGGCAUUGGUGUGGCCUCCAGCUCAGCGUUCCGACUUUGGUAUGAUCAUCUAGUGGCUACUGUUGGGUAGAAAAGAUUUCAUGACCCUCCUGUAUACAGGAAAGUAUGAUACCCCAGAG